GCGAGUUCUCACGGUCGCCACCUACGCACGGAGGGCGCUAUUAAAUUAUUAACAGCCUAGACUUUACGGUUGUGAUGUAAAAGCGAGUUUAUCACGUUCCUGCACUUUUCCGGAUUACUGUACCUUGGUCUGACCUCGGUCUAUCUUGUAAUAUUCUACAUCCUUGAUAUAUAUUUCAUAAUAUGGAUUUCUCCAUUCGUGCUUCUACACUGGAAGACUGCAAAGAUAUCGCGCGGAUGAUCUUGGAACUGGCUAAAUACGAGAAAGUAUUGGACCAAGUGAAAGUUACACAGAAAGAUUUGGAGCAGGAUGGGUUCAUUAAAAACCCAUUCUUUCAUGGUAUCGUCGCAGAAGUACCCGAACAACACAGGACCAAAGAGGGCCAUGCCAAGGUGGGCUACGCACUUUACUUCUAUACCUACAGCUCGUGGAAAGGACGGGCCCUCUACAUGGAGGACCUGUAUGUGAUGCCUGAGUUCAGAGGUAAAGGUAUUGGGAAGGCACUGAUGAGCAAAGUGGCUCAGUUGGGCCUGGCCGCCGGCUGCACCCAGCUCAACUUCGCCGUGCUGGACUGGAACAAACCAUCUCUGGAUUUCUACCUCAGCCAGGGAUGUUUUGAUGUGACGGCAGACAUGGGGUACCACUGCAUGCGCUGUGAGGGGGCAGCGCUGGAACAACUGGCCCAGGGGGACACCUAAACACCACUCGCCCCCCACUGGGUUGACGUCUGACCAUUGCAAUACUGAGGUCAACCUAGAACAUAUGCAGGGAUAAAGAACCAACUCAAAGCCCCUGUUACAAUACUUAAAAAAUGCACCUUUCCUUUCCUUCUUCUCUUCCUUUCCUGUGGUAAAGUAGUCACUGAUUUAAUAUGAUUGAAUAGGCGAACAUUAGGGAAUUCUUUGCAUAGCUCUCGUUAAUCUACUAAUAUCAGAUCAGUGAUUACCUUUAACAAAACGAGGAAGACAGGAUGUAUUUUCAAAGUGUUGGAACGAUGCCAAUGCAAUGCAAAAAGGUUGUAGCUGAACUAACAGUUCACCGACUAUCUUAUAGUUGUUGACAUUAGUUGUGUGAACAGUAAUGUGUUGUUUACCUGUGACCCCAUAGCACCUUUCCCUGCUUUCUAAGCUAAGGUAAGAGACACCCAUUGAUAAUAUGUGAGAAAUCUGGUGAAACGGGAACCUAUACAAUACUAUAAAAUCACAUGUCUAAAACACAUCGAGAGCUUGGGACUAUAAGGUUCUACAGUAUGUGCAUUUUUGUCAACAUUUUGUUAUUGACAUAACCAUGUUCUUUCUGUUCAAAGUACUCUUAAUUCCCCAAUUCCUGUUGUUAAGUUCAAAAGAAUACAAGAUAAAAAUGUCUGACACCAUUCAAACCAAUGGGUUUUGAAAUUUAAAGCCAAUUAUCUCAGAAUCAUCUUUUUUCAGAUAUGACCUUAUAGUCCCUGUCACGUUCCUGACCUGUUUUCUGUUAUUUUUGUAUGUGUUUAGUUGGUCAGGGCGUGAGUUGGGGUGGGCGUUCUAUGUUUUGUGUUUCUAUGUUUAGGUUAUUGGUAAUUAGCCUUAUAUGGUUCUCAAUCAGAGACAGGUGUUUGACGUUUCCUCUGAUUGAGAACCAUAUAAAGGUAGGCUGUUCACACUGUUUGUUUGUGGGUGGUUGUCUUCCGUGUCUGUAUGUAUGUUCGUACCACACGGGACUGUAGCGUUUGUUCGUUCGUUUGUUGUAGUCUGUACCUGUUUGUGCGUUCUUCGUGUUAUAUGUAAGUUCUCAUGUUUUAGGUCAGUCUACGUUCGUUUUGUUAUUUUGUAAUUCAUUCCAAGUGUUUUUUCGUGUUCUUCUUCGGCAGUUAAUAAAUUCAUUAUGUUUUCAAAACCCGCUGCAUUUUGGUCUGAUCCCUACUCCUCCUCGAGGAGAACGACCGUUACAGUCCCAAGCUCUCCACAUGUCAAUUGAUGAUUAUAACUACUGUAUAAUUGUUGUUGUGAUGAAGCACAAUGUGAUUGUUUUCAACUGAUUCCUGUUUCACCUUCAACAGGAUUGAAUGCCUGUUUAAGUUACUCGAUUAGCUUCUGCAAGCUCAGACUGUUGCUUUAAGCAAAUAUGACAAACCAAGCUUGUAAUUUGCAAUAGUGAUUCAAGAACAAUUUUUUUAAUAGAUUUCUUUAAUGAAAAUAUGUUUGAUCUGAAUUUUUUUAUCUCAAGAUUAUUAGAUGGUGGGCAAUAACACUAAGAAAAAGGCAAUUAAAUGUGGCAUUGGCUUAUAGUUCUAUUCGUGACAUUUUCCAUCAACAAUACAUUACAAUAUGUUAUUCACCAUCAACCUAUAAACUAAGCAAAAACAAUCAAGCAAAGCAAUUACAUUAAAUACGGUGACAAAACUACAGUAGAUCAAAAACCAAUCUUAACAGCUAUUAUAUUAACGUACCAUAUAAGAUAAUACUCUGGAUAUGUAUUGCAAACGGUCUCUUUAUGUCUAUUGUAAAUCACAACCUAGAGAGCUGUCAAGUGUAUAGCAAUGAUGAUGAUGUUGUGGACUGGGCAGAUACAGUGAGAUAUAUGUCAAGUCUGUCUGUAAAACUGACACUGGUGUGUGCGUUUUUUUGGUCCACUUUCUCUCACGUCCACUUUAUAGAGCACCGUUAGAGUCAUUGGUAGGUGUAUAACUCCUCGAUAAAGGUAUCACUUUGUGGUAUUUGUUGUCCAGCAGCCAAAUAGUUUGUCAGAAGCAAAAACUUCAAUGUUGGUAUAUAGGCUACAAAGAGUUACAUGAGUUGAAGUCCAUAGUUUACAGUGUUGCUAAUAGAUUAUUUUUUUUACCUCCCUUGAGUUGGUGUUUUAAAAAGCCACCUGAUCCCACUUCUGUUGUCGCUAAGUAAAACAGUCAACCUUUACCACUUUGAAUUCACUGUAAGAACCUUGUUUUUUGUGUAAUCACACUUCCUGUUCCAUCAAAGAUGACAUUAUAGGCUACUUGUUGUGUAUGUUACACACUGUGGAAUAAAGUGAUGUGCCAAUA